AUGAUCAACACGCUCGCUGUCUUUCUGCCAGCCCUACUGGCCUUGCCGGCCAGUCUGGCUAGCCCAAUCAGCUCUUCCGCCAGCAAGGACUGUGCUCCCGUCUCAGGAGACAAGACGAUCUCGGCUUUUCAACUGUAUCCCGAAAACGCCGACUACGACACAAAGCGCUGCGUUGCGUAUCUGAGCGUCCUCUACAAUGCCACCGUGGCCGUCUGGGACCCCUCUGCAAACUCAAUCGUCGACACCAUCUCCCUGUCGGGCCUGAGCUUCAACCCGCUCCUGCACGCUAGCGGCGUCCGCCGCGAUCCCCUGGACCGCCUCUCCAUCAUCGUUGACGCCGGCAGCGCCUUCGACACGUCAGGCCAGAACAUCGCGGGCGACAACUUCCUCGUCAAGUACGACCUCAGCUCCCGCCAGGAACUGUGGCGGCGCAACCUCACCGCCGUCACGGGCGGCGUGUACGGCGGCUUCCAGGACACGGCGCACGCCGCUGACGGCACCACCUUCGCCCUCGGCACCUACCCCAGCAGCAUCAUCCGCGUCAGCGCCGACGGCGGGGACGCCGCCGCCUGGUACCUGCGAACGCCCCCCGACCACACGGUUCACGGCUUCUCGGGCCUCGUCACCUCGCCGGACGGCCGGUCGCUGCUGGUCGUGGACAGCUCGGACGGGCAGAUGUACCGCUUCAACCUGUCGGCCGCCGAAGGGACGCCGGUCCGCGUCCCGCUGUCCGGCGCGGCCCUCAUCGGCACGGCCCUCGACGGCGUCUCCAUCCCCUCGCGCUACAACGGCACCGUCAUCCUCGUCUCGGACGACGCCGCCGGCACCGUGGUGCUCCGCUCGCGGGACGCCUCGUGGGACGAGGCCGAGGUGCUGGGGACGGUGCCCGGUCCGCUGACGGCCGAGGGCGCGGCCAGCGUGACGACGGUGCAGAUCGGCGGCAGCGUCUACGCCGUGUCCGAGUGGUUCACGGACGCAAUCGUCCCCGGCACGUUAGCGGGCAACCGGACAGAGUGGCCGCUGGUCGACAUCACGGCCAAGGUUGAUGCGCUGCUGGCCUAG